UCCCUUCCCCCGCCGCCCCUGUCGCACUUCACUCUGUUGACUGGACUUGUUGUAGACUUGUUGUAGACUUGUUGUAGACUUGUUGUAGUGUCUUGUCUUGUUUUCUUGUCUUGUUCUCUAGUUUGGUUUUCUCAGAGUUUACACCGCUCCGUGUUUCAUCGUUCAUCUCACAACCUUCGACAUAAAAAUGUUCUCGAGGCAAUCCGUCUACACUGCGAUUUUGGUACUCCUCUGCGCGUCGUCAGCAGCAUGCUAUCAGUCCUGCAACGGCAACUGCUCAACUUUCCAAUCUACAAGCAUCGUGAAACCGGCUGUUCUCCCACCAGCGCUGACGGACUUCGAGCGAUCAUUCAUGAGUCAGAUGCUUCAAGGUUUCGAGGCCAAGGAGGUUCACACCAAGCCUGCAGCCUUUCCCUCCAAGAUACCCUCCGAGUCCGGCUCCUUCAGCGUCCCUCACCUGGUGCAGCCAGCAGGCGUGGUCGGGGACUCGUCUUCCAGAAUCAUCACGAGCGGCUCUCUCGGGAACCAUCACAGCUUUCUCGAUGAACAUGUCGGGCUCUUCUGAGCAGGGGAUAUUCUCUUCAAAUCUAUUCCGACAUGGUUGUACAUUUCAUUCUUAUUCUUUAAGUGCUCUUGUCAGUCUGCAUGACUGGCAAUAUUGAGUUAUCAAUGAAUUUUUUCUGUGGAA